UCGUUCAGCAAAUUCCACCUGUUAAAGAAGUGUAGUAACCUCAGCAACACAAACAACCUUAUUAGUGUGUGAACUUUCCAUACGAACGAACAUCAACACAGAAAGUGACCGAAAAAGUUUCAAAAGGGCAGUAAACACGUAAAUCAGUAAAUUUGAGGUUAUGUUGUAUUUUGUUUACGGAAAUAGUGGUGUUUAUCAACUUGAUAAUAUCAAGAAGCCUUUGAUAAAAUAAGGGUUGUGCUAAACGCAAAUAACUUUACACAAUCGUGCCUUAAAAAUCGCAUAAUUACAGUGUUUUAGUUUAGUUGUUUUUAUUGGAUUUAUUUUAUGUGUUUUUAAUUGGUAAACAAACAACGCCGUUAAUUUGUUUAUAAAAUAAGUGUCAGUGGGUCACGAUUACAUCGUGCCGAUAGGGCUUUGUGGUAAACAUUCUCCGCGCGAAAUUUAAAUCGCUUAUUGUUAAAAACAGGGGGAAAAGUAUUUUACGAGGUAGUUCAAAGUUCGUAAUACCUGUAUUUGUUGUUCAACUAUCGAACUACGCAAAAUUGACGUCUAUGCAGUUUAUUCGUUCGAUUAAUAAGCAAGUAAGAGAGCAAUGUUUCGCGUGUUAUGAACGUUAUUUUCGACAAAUUCCUGAGAUUGUUUGCAUGGAAAAACAACGAGGAGUGCUCUGAAAUCAUUGACGUACGUCUCGAGAGGGAUUUUAAUCCGUUGGAAACAACAAUGAAUUCUAAAAAGUUGCUAGCGAGGAGAAACAGCAAGAGAUUCGUCAUUGGAGAUGGAGAGGACGAAUUGCCGUCUCCCACGACGGAAAUCAUCAUCACAGAGUCCCCGGAUGUGGAGAAAGAAGUUGGGCACGAGUGGGCAAGGGCUGCCUCAAGGCUCUCUGUUGGUACCACUUUGACGCCUUCCAUGUCCCAGGGUACCGUUAUGAUUCAAAACAGGCUGCAGGAAAAAGAUUUUACGGUCGCCACGCCGGAAGAGUUUGUCAAAAGGUUCAAUGGGACAAGAGUCAUCAAUAAGGUUUUGAUCGCCAACAACGGCAUCGCGGCGGUGAAAUGCAUGCGUUCCAUCCGCAGGUGGUCGUACGAGAUGUUCAAAAACGAGCGCGCCAUACGUUUCGUCGUCAUGGUUACCCCGGAAGAUUUGAAAGCCAACGCCGAGUACAUCAAGAUGGCCGAUCACUACGUUCCGGUGCCCGGAGGCACUAACAACAACAAUUACGCCAACGUCGAGCUGAUCGUCGAGAUCGCGGUCAGGCUGCAAGUUCAGGCUGUAUGGGCGGGUUGGGGCCACGCUUCCGAAAAUCCAAAAUUACCGGAGCUGUUGCACAAAAACGGGAUAGUUUUCGUGGGCCCCACCGAAAAAGCCAUGUGGGCUCUGGGAGACAAAAUCGCAUCGUCCAUUGUCGCUCAAACAGCUGAAGUGCCAACUCUACCAUGGUCCGGUUCAGAAUUGAAAGCUCAAUAUUCGGGCAAGAAGAUAAAAAUUUCGUCGGAAUUGUUCGCGAAAGGUUGCGUGACGUCGCCCGAGCAAGGCCUAACAGCAGCGCAGAAAAUCGGCUUUCCCGUGAUGAUCAAAGCUUCAGAGGGAGGGGGCGGAAAAGGCAUCCGCAAGGUGGAAAACGCCGACGAAUUUCCCGCCGCGUUCAGACAGGUGCAGACGGAAAUUCCCGGUUCGCCGAUUUUCGUGAUGAAGCUGGCCAAGUGCGCGCGGCACUUGGAGGUGCAGCUGAUCGCCGACAACUACGGCAACGCCAUCUCGCUCUUCGGCAGGGACUGCUCCAUCCAGAGGCGUCAUCAGAAAAUCAUCGAGGAGGCGCCGGCCGUCAUCGCCGAGCCCGAUGUCUUCGAGGAAAUGGAAAAAGCUGCUGUUAGGUUGGCAAAAAUGGUGGGUUACAUUUCGGCGGGAACUGUCGAAUAUCUCUACGAUACGAGCGGAAAUUAUUAUUUCUUGGAGUUGAAUCCUCGUCUGCAGGUCGAGCAUCCGUGCACGGAAAUGGUUUCUGACGUCAAUUUGCCAGCUGCUCAGCUUCAGAUCGCUAUGGGUCUACCGUUGCACUACAUCAAAGACAUCCGUCUGUUGUACGGGGAAUCCCCGUGGGGUCAAACCGAGAUCGAUUUCGACCAACCGCGCCACAAACCGCAGCCGUGGGGUCACGUGAUAGCGGCGCGCAUCACCUCCGAAAACCCCGACGAAGGUUUCAAACCCUCCUCGGGAACGGUGCAAGAGUUAAACUUUAGAUCUUCGAAGAACGUUUGGGGUUAUUUCUCCGUGGCGGCCAGCGGCGGUUUGCACGAGUUCGCCGACUCGCAGUUCGGGCACUGCUUCUCCUGGGGGGAGAACAGGGAGCAGGCCAGGGAAAACCUGGUGGUGGCCUUGAAAGAGUUGUCCAUCAGAGGCGACUUCAGAACCACCGUGGAGUACCUGAUAACGCUCCUGGAAACGAAGAGUUUCCAGGAGAACACCAUCGACACCGCCUGGUUGGACAUUCUGAUCCAAGAACGGGUGCAAUCGGAAAAACCCGACAUAAUGUUGGGCGUCAUCUGCGGGGCGUUACACAUCGCCGACAAGCGGAUCUCGCAGGCCUUCCAGGAGUUCCAAUCCUCGCUGGAAAGGGGCCAAAUCCAGGGCUCCAACACCCUAACCAACGUGGUGGACGUGGAGUUGAUCAACGACGCGAAAAAGUACAAAGUUCAGGCGGCCAAGAGCGGGGCCAACACUUACUUCCUCCAGAUGAACGGCUCCUUCAAGGAGAUCGAAGUCCAUCGCCUCAGCGACGGAGGUAUUUUGUUGAGCGUCGAUGGCAGUUCGUUCACCACCUACAUGAAAGAGGAAGUGGACAGGUACAGGAUUGUUAUAGGCAACCUGACGUGCAUAUUCGAGAAGGAAAACGACCCCACCAUACUUAGAUCGCCAUCUGCCGGCAAAUUGUUGAAUUUCCUCAUCGAGGACGGUGGUCACGUCAAUAAAGGACAGGCCUACGCAGAAAUUGAGGUAAUGAAAAUGGUGAUGACGCUGACGUCAAGCGAAAACGGUUCUGUUUUCUACACCAAGAGACCGGGUGCCGUUUUGGACGCGGGUUGCAUAAUAGCGACCUUGGAAUUGGACGAUCCGAGUUUGGUGACCAAGGCGCAGUUGUACAAGGGGCCCUUCCCCGAGUUGGACGUGUCCCAACCGGUGGUCUCGCAAAAAUUAAACCACAUCCACAACAACUACAGGAUGAUCCUGGAGAACACCCUGGCCGGCUACUGCCUGCCAGAUCCCUACAACGUACCCAGACUGAGAGAGGUUAUAGAAAAGUUCAUGUCGUCCCUGCGAGACCCUAGCUUGCCGCUGCUGGAGCUGCAGGAGGUGAUGGCGUCGAUUUCCGGCCGCAUCCCCGUCGCCGUCGAGAAGAAGAUCCGCAAGCUGAUGUCGCUGUACGAGCGCAACAUCACUUCCGUUCUGGCGCAGUUCCCGUCGCAGCAGAUCGCUUCCGUUAUCGACGCGCACGCCGCCUCGAUGCAGAAGAGGGCCGACAGAGACGGCUUCUUCCUCGCCACCGAGGGCAUCGUGCAGCUGGUGCAGCGCUACAGGAACGGCAUCAGAGGCAGGAUGAAGGCCGCCGUCCAGGAGAUGCUCAAGCAGUACUACCUGGUCGAGUCGGACUUCCAACACGGCUCGUACGACAAAUGCGUAUCUCUCCUGCGCGACAAACACAAAGACGACAUGGCCGCCGUCAGCAGCACGAUAUUCUCGCACAGCCAAGUGUCGAAGAAAAACUUGCUGAUCACCAUGCUGAUCGACCACCUGUGGGGCAACGAGCCCGGCCUAACCGACGAACUGGCGGCCGCCCUGACCGAGUUGACCAACCUGAACCGAAGCGAGCACAGCCGAGUCGCCCUGCGAGCGAGGCAGGUUCUGAUCGCCGCGCACCAGCCGGCCUACGAGCUGCGACACAACCAGAUGGAGAGCAUAUUUUUAUCCGCCGUGGACAUGUACGGGCACGAUUUCCACCCGGAGAACCUGCAGAAGUUGAUCAUGUCGGAGACGUCGAUUUUCGACAUUUUGCACGACUUCUUCUACCACACGAAUCGCGCGGUGUGCAACGCCGCUUUGGAGGUGUACGUUCGCAGGGCGUACGUCAGCUACGACAUCGCGACGUUGCAGCAUCUGGAACUUUCCGGUGAAGUGCCGGUGGUGCACUUCCAGUUCAUGCUGCCCCCGUCGCAUCCCAACCGUCUCAUUAAACUCAACCAGAUGCAGGAGACGGAAAACGACGAGCAACAAGUGAAAGUGUACGACAGCUUCCAGCGCACCGGGUGCGUGGCCGCGUUCGAGAGUUUCGCCAACUUCGAGCAAUACUACGACGAAAUCUUCGAUCUGAUCGAAGAUUUCGCCAGCCCCGCCAUGGUGCACCCCAGGGAUCUCAACGCCAUCGAGUCGGGCAGCGAGUCCAGGAACAGCACCAGCAUCAACGUCAGCCUCUCCAACGACGGCAUAAGAGCAAUUCCAGAGGAUAGAAACAUCGUCCAAGAACCGAUCCACAUCCUUCUGGUGGGGAUCAAGGACAAGGGGGACUCGGACGACUCCACCAUGUCCAGACAGUUCGGCAAAUUCUGCCUGAAACACAGGGAGGAACUCCUGCAACGCGGCAUCAGGAGAAUCACCUUCUCCGCCUUGAAGCACAAGCAGACGCCCAAAUUCUUCACGUACAGGGCCAAGGACGACUUCACCGAGGACAAAAUCUACAGGCACUUGGAACCGGCCAGCGCGUUCCAGUUGGAGCUGAGCCGCAUGAUGAGGACCUACAACUUGGAAGCGCUCCCGACCGCCAACCAGAAGAUGCACUUGUACCUCGGAAAAGCCAAGGUCGCGCCCGGGAAAGAAGUGACCGACUACCGUUUCUUCAUCAGGAGCAUCAUCAGGCACUCGGACCUCAUCACCAAGGAGGCCUCCUUCGAGUAUUUGCAGAACGAGGGCGAACGCGUUCUACUGGAAGCCAUGGACGAGCUGGAGGUGGCAUUUUCGCAUCCUCAAAGCAAAAGAACGGAUUGCAACCACAUUUUCCUCAAUUUCAUGCCCACGGUCAUCAUGGAUCCGGCCAAAAUCGAGGAGGCAGUAACAAACAUGGUUAUGCGUUACGGUCCAAGAUUGUGGAAACUAAGAGUUCUGCAGGCCGAAAUCAAGUUGAUAAUUCGACCGUCGCCAAACGCGGAAACCUCCACCAUCAGGUUGUGCCUGGCCAACGACAGCGGCUACUACCUGGACAUCAACAUGUACACGGAAGAACUAGACCCCGAAACAGGAAUUAUAAAAUUCAAAGCAUACGGCAGCAAGUCAGGGGGCCCCAUGCACGGACUCCCCAUCUCCACCCCGUACCUGGCCAAGGAUUUCCUGCAGCAAAAACGUUUCCAAGCGCAAUCUGCCGGCACCACGUACGUCUACGACUACCCCGACAUGUUCAGGCAAAUGGCCGACCUCCAAUGGAAGCAGUACAGCCAACAGAAACUUAACGAAACCGUCCACGUUCCGGACAAACUGAUGGAUUGCAUAGAAUUGUGCCUCGACCCGGAGUCGGAGGCUCGUUUGUGCGAACAAAAGCGCGUACCCGGGGAAAACAACGUGGGCAUGGUGGCUUGGCGCUUGACCUUGUUCACACCGGAAUACCCGGAGGGCAGGGACAUCAUCGUCAUCGCCAACGACAUCACCUACUUCAUCGGUUCCUUCGGACCCAGGGAGGACAAGGUGUUCGGACUGGCGUCGGAGAUGGCGCGCGAACUCAAAAUACCCAGGAUAUACAUCUCGGCCAAUUCCGGCGCCAGAAUCGGCCUCGCCGAGGAGGUCAAAGCCGUCUUUAAGGUGGCGUGGGAGGACAACAACGAACCGGACAAGGGCUACCGUUACUUGUACCUCACCCCCGAGGACUACGCCAAGGUGAGCGCGCAAAACUCCGUCAAGGCCGUGCUGAUCGAGGACGAGGGCGAGAGCCGCUACAAAAUCACCGACAUCAUCGGCAAAGACGACGGCUUGGGCGUGGAGAACUUGAAGUACGCCGGCAUGAUCGCCGGCGAGACCUCGAAAGCCUAUCGCGAGAUCGUCACCAUCUCCAUGGUCUCCUGCAGGGCCAUUGGAAUCGGUUCCUACCUGGUGCGGCUCGGCCAGAGGGUCAUACAAAUCGAGAACUCGCACAUCAUCCUCACAGGCUACAGCGCCCUCAACAAGCUGUUGGGUCGCGAAGUGUACGCUUCCAACAACCAGUUGGGCGGCAUUCAAAUCAACUACAACAACGGCGUGUCUCACAAAACCGAGCAUAGCGAUUUGGACGGCAUUUACACCAUCUUGAAGUGGUUGUCGUACAUCCCCAAGGACAAAAUGUCCCCGGUGCCGAUUUUGGAACCAGUGGACCCCAUCGACAGAGAUAUCAAGUUCGUACCCACCAAAGCGCCCUACGACCCCAGGUGGAUGUUGGCAGGAAGAGAAGCACCAAACGAGCCGAACAUGUGGGAGAGCGGCUUCUUCGACAAGGACUCUUGGUCGGAGAUCAUGCGUCCGUGGGCGCAGACGGUGGUGACGGGUCGCGCCCGCCUGGGCGGCAUCCCGGUGGGCGUCAUCGCCGUCGAGACGCGCACCGUCGAGGUGAAACUGCCCGCCGACCCGGCCAACUUGGACAGCGAGGCCAAGACGGUCUCGCAGGCCGGCCAGGUGUGGUUCCCCGACAGCGCCUACAAGACGGCGCAGGCCAUCCAGGACUUCGGCAAGGAGGACCUGCCGCUCAUCAUCUUCGCCAACUGGAGAGGCUUCAGCGGCGGAAUGAAAGACAUGUACGAGCAGAUCAUGAAGUUCGGCGCCUACAUCGUGGACGGUUUGGAGCAGUACAAGCAGCCCGUCAUCAUCUACAUCCCCCCCAACGGGGAGCUUAGGGGGGGAGCGUGGGCCGUCGUCGACCCCACCAUCAACUCCCGCUACAUGGAGAUGUACGCCGAUCCGGACUCGAGAGGCGGAGUGCUGGAGCCGGAAGGCAUCGUCGAGAUCAAAUUCAGGAAGAAGGACCUGCUGAAGGCCAUCCACCGGCUGGACCCCGUCGUCAAGGAGUUGGACGGCAAAAUCAAGGAGUUCAAUCAGACGCAGCAGCCGAGGGAGAGGUCUUCGAGCAUAUCGUCGCAGCAGGUGGAGGCGCCGCCGAAACCCAAGGAGAUCUUGGACUUGGAGAAGCUAAUCGCAGAAAGGGAGAACCUGCUGCUGCCCAUGUAUCACCAGGUGUCCAUCCACUUCGCCGAUCUGCACGACACCCCCGAGAGGAUGCUCGAAAAAUCCGCCAUCCUCGACAUUAUCCCAUGGAGGAGGUCCAGAACGCUUUUGUACUGGCGUUUGAGGAGGCUUUUGCUGCAGGACCGCGUCAUCAAGGGCCACUUGGACUCGUAUCCCCAAGGACAGGCGGAAAGUAUGCUGCGAAGGUGGUUUAUCGAGGAUAAAGGUGCUUCCGAAGGCUACAAGUGGGACAAUAACCAGGUGGUGGUGCAGUGGCUGCUGGAGCAGUUCUUGAAGCCCGCCAACCAGUCGAUAAUCAGUCGAAACCUCCACUCGGUCAAGAAGGACUCCUACAUCAGUCAAAUUAGAACUUCGGUGGAGGAUUGUCCCGACAUCGCUUUGGACGCCGUGGUCGCCAUUCUGGAGAAACUCAACGAGAACCAAAAGUCCGAGGUGAUAAAAACUUUGAGUCAGUUGGGGCAACUUGACAAGUAAAAAAAUCACCAAAAAUGUGUUGUUUUUUAUCGUUACGUUUUUGUUUUGUACUUUUUUGACUAAAUAAACAAUAAUUUAGGUAAUACUAGCGAGAUGUAUAUGAAAAAGAUGUAUUUUUUUAAAUGCACUCACGAAAAAAUGUAUAUUUGUAAUUUAUUUUUAUGUGUAAAGUGUAGGUAAUUUGUUAAACUCAGCAAUGGUACAACUGUUAUAUUAUUAAAUUUGUUAAAGGAAUUUUUAAAUUUUAAUAAAUAUUUACAAUACA